GGGUGAGCAGAGCCAACCGCGGGGGCCGACAGUCGUGGGAGAGACGUCUGCGAGUCACAACAUGGAGAGCGGAGCGGGGGACGGGUAUGGCAAUAGAUCUUCAGGGGGCACGGCUGCAGGGAAGCGGAAGAAUGCGCGGCAGCUUGCCUUCGAUACUGUCGCGGAUGUGAUGAAGACGCAUUCGACAGUCGUGGCGGAGUCUGUAGAUCGUGCCAGCAAGUGUCAAUGCGAUGUGCUGCAACGGCAAUGCGACAUAAUGGAGAGGGAGGCGAGGACGCAGGAGAAACAGUGCGAGGUUUUGGUCACGCGCGUUCGAGACAGGUGGUCACAGCGGGGAUUCGCGUCUGCUCCUUGGUGGAUUGCAGUGCAGAUGGAGGUUGACGUGGCGCUGCGGGGGUGGGUUUUGGGUCGGUCCGUCAUCUUCUACGAGAUGCAGCACCGACGCGGGCUUGAUUACAGUAGGGAUUUCAGAUUUGAGAACGGUGUGUCCAGGCAUGAAGUGCGCCAUUACGAGAUCGACGUCGAUGGAGACACGUGUCUCCAUCUGAUGGUGGGCUUCGAAUUUGGCAGAAUUCUUCUGCGGCAGUUGGUGGUUUUCGCGCGAAAGGUGGGAACAGCCAUCCCCAACCGCUGGGCAGGAGGCGUCGACGUGUUGUCAGACAUCAUCGACCUGUUCAUCUCCUACGUGGCGACGGGGUACGCCGGCCGCCUCCAUGAGCCGGCGUUGUAUGUCGUGCAUGCAGAACCGCCAUUCUUCGAUCGAGACUAUCUCCACGGCGAAGUGCGGAUCAAGUCCGACGACUUCCACUGAACUCGGCGAUGGCGGUCGUGGUUUAAGCGACAGGAAACAAGUCCGUCGAACUCGCUUCAGGGCUUACUUACUCUUUCGUCUGACUGGAAGUGAGGAGAAAAAGAGAUUGAGAGAGAGAGACACACGGAGAGAGAGAGAGAGAGAGCUGUCUCUUAUACACAUCUAGAUGUGUAUAAGAGACAGGAGAGAGAGAGAGAGAGAGAGAGAGAGAGAGAGAGAGAGAGAGAGUUAGGUAGCGGACAGUCAAACCUUUCCCUGGGUCAUCCCCACGGAAGCAAUCAAUGUUGUUUCCGCCU